AUGGCUUUCGAACGGCUGCUUUGGCUGCGCGGUGAACUUGAAUAUCUUUGCCAGCCUCGAGCAAAAGCUGCUUUAAGUAUGCCUCUGUACGGCCGAGCUUUCACCGACACCAACGGUCCUGGCCAGCCUUACAACGGUGUUGGUGGUGGUAGCUGGGCAAAUGGUGUGUGGGACUACAAGGCUUUGCCUCAGCCCGGCUGUGCGGUCACAAAUUUGGACCAGGAAGCUGCUAGCUACUGCUACAAUUCGGGCUCACGUUUGUUCAUCAGUUAUGAUACCCCUGAGGUUGCGCGUAAGAAGGGUGAAUACAUCAAGUCCAAGGGUCUUGGUGGUGGUAUGUGGUGGGAGCUCAGUGGUGACAAGCAAGGUGAUGACAGUUUGAUCACCAUGGUGGUAAAUACCCUUGGAGGUACUGGAGCUCUAGACAAGAGCGAGAACGAGCUGAGCUACCCUGCCUCCAAGUACGACAACCUGAAGUGUGGUUUCUGA